UCGAUGAUGCAGAGUUCUGGUUAUAAGACGAAGUUAAAAAUGCUCAUUCGGCGACUGAAGCCGACGAACGUGACAGAGCAGAGGGAAACAUACUCGCUGUACAUAUUCGCGGAAGAUAAUAGGUUCCGUGAACUAUGUGUGUGGUUUGUUAAUCAGAAAUGGUUCGACAAUGUUGUCCUGCUGUUUAUCGCACUCAAUUGUAUUACCUUGGCUAUGGAACGACCAAAUAUACCGCCAACGAGUACGGAGCGUUAUUUUCUUGCCACAGCCAAUAACGUGUUCACAGCCGUUUUUACAGUGGAAAUGCUCAUUAAGGUGGUGUCGACUGGCAUGUUUUAUGGCCAUGAUGCCUACUUUACAUCCGGCUGGAAUAUAAUGGAUGGCUCGUUGGUUAUAAUAUCAAUCAUUGAUUUAUUAAUGUCAUUGUUUAGCCAAUCGAGUCCAAAGAUAUUUGGGAUUUUAAGGGUAAGUAGUGGGCAAGUAUGUUUGAUAAAUUACAUGUAUCUGCAUACAAAUGUAUAUAAGUAUGUAUGUAUAUACAUACAUGAUGACAUAACGAGGAUUAAGGGGUUAAGUUGUGUAGUAUUUACAAUAAUUGGCUUACGGUGUGGAGUAUAUUGAGUAAGGACGAUGUUGGCGAUAUUACACUUGCUUGCAGUGCUGGUAAAAUGUCAAAUCAGGUUAAAAGUGAGACAAAGAGUAGAAUGAAGAAGAUGGG